CCGGAAGUGAAUUAUUAGCCUACAACAAAGAUGGCGACUCCCUCAGAGCACGAGGAUUCAUGUGAAGAGGAGACUGCAGAAGAACCUAAAGCACCAAAGAUACGACAAACACCAGAAGACAUCAAACUAGAGGCGAUUGCCAUCACACUCGCUUUCCAUCCCAGCCAAGACAUCCUUGCAGCCGGAGAUAUCGAUGGAGAUAUAUACUUAUAUUCAUACUCGUGCACUGAAGGAGAGAAUAAAGAGCUGUGGUCAUCAGGACAUCACCUCAAAUCCUGCAGGAAAGUGCUUUUCUCCAGCGAUGGACAGAAAUUAUUCAGCGUUUCCAAAGACAAGGCAGUUCACAUUAUGGAUGUGGAGGCUGGAAAACUGGUGACACGCAUCCCGAAAGCUCACAAGGUCGCCAUCAAUGCCCUGCUGUUGGUGGAUGAGAAUAUAUUCGCUACAGGGGACGAUGGGGGAACGCUGAAGAUUUGGGACCUGAGGAAAGGAACAUCAUUCAUGGAUCUGAAGCAACAUGAAGAUUAUAUCAGUGAUAUCGCUGUUGACCAGGCCAAGAAGAUAUUGCUUACAUCCAGCGGUGAUGGAACUUUAGGUGUAUUGAAUAUUAAGAGACGGCGAUUUGAACUGCUUUCAGAAAUCCAAAUUGGAGAUCUGACCUCCGUUUCAAUAAUGAAAAGAGGUCGUAAGGUUGUGUGUGGCUCCACCGAGGGCUCUUUACACAUCUUCAACUGGGAUGGUUUUGGGGCCACCAGUGACUGUUUUGAUAUUCAGGCAGAGUCUGUGGAUUGUAUCGUUCCUAUUACAGAGAGUUUACUGUGUGCUGCCUCUAUGGACGGUGUUAUCAGAGUUGUUAGUAUUCUACCCAACCGUGUGGUGGGCAGUAUCGGACAACACGUCGGUGAGCCCAUCGAGGAGAUCACACCCUCGAGAGACACACAGUUUCUGGCCAGCUGUGCUCAUGACCAGCUGAUCAAAUUCUGGGACAUCUCCAGCGUUCCUGACAUAAAGGUGAAUGAUUAUCGGCGUAGAAAGAAGAAAGAUGGACGCCUCAAAGCUUUAAGUAAUAAAGCUUUUGAUACCGGACAGAAUUUCUUUGCUGGACUGUUGGACACAAAUGAGGAAAAAGAUAAAGAAGAGGAAGAUGAUGAGGAGGACGAUGACAGUGACAGUGGAAGCGAUUGAAAACACAAAGAGUUUAUUUUGAUACUGCCUGAACAUUUGUUUCCAGUGUUGUCAUGUUUAUUUAAAGGGACAGUGCAUCUUUUCAAUCAAUGGCUUGAUCCACUGAAUAAUAAUUGCUAGGCUUCGAUUGAAAAGAAUAAAUACACAGUUUUGUUAUCAUAAACAUAGUCUGUUAUGACUUAUUCUCAACAUUGUAUUUUUUUGCAUCAUACAGCAAAAUCCCUACAAAUAUGUCUUCAGCUUGUGGAUACAAGCUUUUGGUUAUUUUAAAUUGUGAACCAAGUAUUUCGUAUACUAUUCAAUGUUGGAAAUCUGAAAAUACACAGAACACUUCAGGAUUUCCCUUAGCAAACAGAAUGAGUUUGUUUAGAGUUAUGUGAUAUUCUGUACUGUUUCCAGGUCAUUCAAAUAUAAGCAAAUGUUUGUGUUAAAUCUUCAUUCUAGUGCACAAGAAGUUGUUGUUGUACAUGUAAAUCAUCCUGAGAUAACAUCGAUCUUCAGUCCAUGAGAGCUCAAAACAAACUGUCAUUAAAGCAACUGUUAACUUAAUGACAAACAAUGUUAUUCUGAUCAUAUACAUUUGAAAGGACAUCACCACAGACGGUGUGGCAGUGAUAGAAGCUGAUUGGCUAAUGUAGCCUACACUACUAUAAUAGAAGUGUAGUGCAAUAUUUAUAAAGGAAGUGAAUUUCACAUUAUUAUUAUAUUAAAGUUCAGAAACACCAUACAUUACAAAUUUUUGAUAUUAAAGUUAAGUCUUUAUCUAUAA